AUGGAUAAAAUUAAAACUUUAACAUAUAAUAAAGAGUCACCAAAAACACUUUUAGAAUUAAUUACUGUUUUAAGGAUUUAUGAUAAGUAUAGAGAUGAUGAAUCAAUUAGAAUUAUAACUGCAGAUUAUUUCUGUCAUUACCACAUUGAUAAAUAUCUUCAUUAUGUAGAUAAAAAAGGUCAUACUGAUUUCAUUUUAAAUUGUUUCUUUGAUGAUUCAAAAAUUGUUUUUAAAAAAUUAUGUGGUGGGUAUUCCCCUCUUAAUUCAAGUUAUUGUAGAUUUAAAAUUUAUAAGGGAAUUGUUAAUGAUCAAAGGUUAAAAGAAUCUUUUGAAAAUAAUUCGAGUGAAUUAAAAGAAAGGUUAGAUCUUUUAAAAAAAAAAUUUGUUUAUGGUUGGUCAAUCAAAUCUCGAGCCGAAUAUGAUUUCACUCGUUUACAUAGUAUCAUUUAUGAUGGAAUAUCUGAUGAAAUUUUAAAAUAUCCAAUUUCAGGAAAAUAUAAUGAUGGUUCAUUUAAUAAAAAGUAUUAUAAUAAUAGUAAUAAUAAUAAUAAUAAUAAUAAUAAUAAUAAUAAUAAUAAUAAUAAUAAUAAUAAUAAUAAUAAUAAUAAUAAUAAUAAUAAUAAUAAUAAUAAUAAUAAUAAUAAUAAUAAAAAUAAUAAUAAUAUUAAUAAUAAUAAUAAUUAUAAAAAAUUCAUUCUACCAGAUAUAAUAAUUGAAAAGAUAAUUAGAGAUUCGUUAUGGUAUAUUGAUGAUAGAAUGGAUAAAGUAAUUAUAAAUGAUAAUUUAUUAUCAUAUGGAUUAGUAUGUAAACAAUUCUUUAGAGUAUUAUCAAAAAUAUUAAAUAAUGAAUAUUUUGAAUGGAAGAAAUCAAUUAUACAAUUUAAUAACGAUAGUGAAUUCAGUUUAAUUAAACAACCACCAUUAUAUUUCGAUUAUCAAUCAAUCAGAUUAAUACCAUAUUCAAGUAGUAUUGAAUAUGUGAAAUUAUUAUUCUCAAGAGUUCAAUCGUUUUAUAUUAAAACUGAUGAAUAUGAUGCUAUAAACUAUUAUAUGAAAAGAGAAAAAAAAAAAAUUCCUGAUAAUGAUGAUAAAGAAAACGUUGUUUAUUUAGAAGCAAUUACAUAUCGAGAUAAUAUUAAAUCACCUAGAUAUUUAGUUUAUCCACCACCAAUGCCUUCAUUAGAAAGUAUCACUAUUGAUAAAUAUUAUGGACUCGAAUCAAAUUAUGCACAUUUAAUUAAACAUAUUUUAAUAAAAUAUUUCAAAGAUUUUAAAACUUCAAAACUCCACAUCAACGAUAGAUUUGGUAUUAAAAGAUUUUCAAUCAAUAUCCAAGAAUAUCAUAAAUAUUUAAAUGACAAAUCAAAUAUUAAAUUCAUUAAGCAAGUAUUAGAAUAUCAUUCGAAUUCAUUAGAAAUAGUUGAAAUUGAUUGUUCAAAUACUCAAUAUAUAUAUCCAAACCAACUAGAAUAUUUAAAAUCAUUAAUCGAUAAUCAAUCAAAUAAUAAUAUAAAUUGGUCCCUAUCAACUAAAAACAUCACCAACAACAACAAUCUCCAAAAUAUACAGUAUCUUGGUUUUAGUGAAAAUGAGAAUGAAAAUGAAAAUGAAAAUGAAAAUAAAAAUGAAAAUGAAAAUGAAAUUGAAAGUGACAAUGAAAGUAAUGGUGAAAGUGAUAGCUAUUCUUUCAACCUUUAA